AUGCAGUAGGACAAUUAUUUAGAGGAAGAGAUUCAGGAUGAGGAUGAAGAAAUAAGAGAGUAGAAGGAAGUUCAUGAAUUCGCUAAGGAAAUAAAGGAGAAGGUAGAAGAAACCAACAAAUUAAACAAGGAAUAAUAGGAUUAAUAAAAAGUGAAUGUAAGUUCAACAGUGGGACCAAUUAGAGUAAAAUUCGAUGUGUUAAGAUGCUUUUUCGAUAGAAUGAGUAAAGUGAGAGGAAAAAAGAAGAGUGAGCUUUUAGAUGUUUUGACUUAAUUCUUUUUCAAACCUCCUAGAAUACCUGAACACACUUAUAUAAUAAUGAGACUAAUCAUUCCAUUCUAAGACAGGGAUAGAGGAGUCUAUAAAUUAUAAGAAAAAAACUUGGCUAAAUUAUUUAGAUAAGCUUUAGGAUUGUCAGACGAUGAUUAUCACAGGAUGGCCAAUUAUAAAUAAGCUAGUAUGUAGCCCUAUGGGGCUCCAGUCGGUGAUUUUCCUAUGGUUGUUCAUAAUGUGAUAAAGGAUUACUGCAGAAAGGACAGCAUAAUAACUAUAUCAGAAGUGGACUAAUUACUUGACAAUCUAGUUAAGGCUUAAGACACGAAAGAAUAAGAAUUGGUGAUAGUUGAUUUAAUAAAAGUGUGUACAGCUGAUGAGAUUCUCUGGAUAAUAAGAAUUAUAUUGAAAGACUUGAAAAUUGGUUUGAAAUAUGAGAAGCUUUUAUAAUUGUUUCAUAAAGAUGCUCCUGAAUAUUAUAAUGCAACAUCAUCACUAAGGGAAGUAUGCAAAGAAUUUGUUGAUAUAAAUCAUACUCUUAAGAAUGUAUUGAGAAUAUUCCAUGCAAUCAAACCAAUGUUAGCAGCUAAGAAAUCCCCAGAAGAAAUAAGAAAAUUAAUUGAAGGCAAAGAAUUAUUGGUUGAAACCAAAUUUGAUGGAGAAAGAAUAUAAUGUCAUUUCACUCCUGAAGUCAUCAGAUUUUUUACUAGAAAUUCAAAUGAUUACACAUAUUUAUACAAGGAUAAAUUAGGAGAUAUUGUUAGAUAAAGUGUUUAAGCAUAAUGUGCAAUUUUAGAUGGAGAAAUCAUAGUUGUAAAUAAAGAAACUGGAGACAAUGUUAGAUUCGGCUUGAAUAAAACUGUUGCUCUGAGUAAAGACGUAAAUGAUGAUGCCUUUGGUCUUUGUUAUAAGAUUUUUGAUAUUCUCUAUCUCAAAACAUACUAAGGAUAAGAAGUUAACACUAUGAGUGCUCCUUUAUCUACUCGUAGAAGUUUAUUGUAGAGGAUUAUAGUACCUAUUCCAAACUAAUUAGAAGUAGUUUAAGCUGCGACUAUUAAAUCUUUCGAAGAACUUAUUUAAUAGUUUGAUAUGGCCAUUGAAAGAAAUUAGGAAGGCAUCAUAAUUAAAUAGAUGGAUUCUCAGUAUUUACCUAAUGAAAGAUCCACUAAAUGGGUUAAGAUGAAGGGAGAUUACGUUGAAAAUAUGACGGAUAAUUGUGAUUUAUUGGUUAUUGGUGGCUAUUUCGGAACAUAAUCACAUAGAGUAGAGACUUUUGAUGAAUUUGACAGAAUUACACAUUUCUUAAUGGGGUUAGCAUAAAAAAUAGAUAAGAAUCAACCUACAAAUAGUGUUAUAUUACCAUUUGUCAAAGUUGGAACUGGUUUCACUGAUAAUGAAUUAUCAACAAUCAGAAAUAAAUUAAGAAAUCAUUGGAUCAAGAAGCAGAAACCUAAUUACAUACCUUAGAAUUGGAGUCCUGGAAUUAAUGAUAGACCAGAUGUAUAUAUUAAUAAUCCAGCUCAUUCUAUUAUAUUUGAAGUUAAAGCUGCAGAAAUCACAAAGUCUAAUACUUUCCCAACUGAUUACACUUUGAGAUUUCCAAGAUGUUACAAGACUAGGAUGGAUAAAGAUUGGUAUGAAAUGAUGACCAUGCAAGAUUUAUAAAGUAUGAUCAAUGAUUCAUAAUACACAAAGAACCUCAAAAAAAAAAAUGAUAAAGAAGGCAACGAUAAACAAACAGAUGAUGAGGUUGAAAAUGAAGAUAGACCUAUGAGAUAGGCUAAAGAAAGAAAAUAACCCUUAAAAAAGGGUGGAGCCCAUUCUAAAUAGAUUACCAUAAUGACAGAAUAUUAAGGGUUAGACCCAAGAAACAUCUCAAAAGAAUCCAACUUAUUUGUGGGAUGCGAAUUUUACAUUGUUAACUUAGAAGAAGAUUACAAUAAAUAAUAUUUAGAAUCUAUAAUUCUAGCCCAAGGAGGAACUUGCAUAUAAAAUUAUAUUGUAGAAAGUGUCACUCAUGUAGUGGCUUCAAUUAUCGACUUCAGAGUGAAUUCAAUCAUUGAGAAGUUUCCAACCACCAUAAUUAGACCUCAAUGGGUUAUUGAAUGCAUUAGAAGGUCACAAUUAGUUAAUAUUGCACCCAGAUUUAUUUUAUUUGCCCCUUUAGCUAUCAUGAAUGAAGUAAAUAAAUUUUACGAUAAAUUUGGCGAUUCCUAUUUCGAAUUGAUAGAUGAGUUCGCUCUCAAAGAUAUAUGUGAUAAUAUGAAAAUCAAUGAACCUAUUAAUUAAGAUGAUUUACUAUUGUUGGAAGAUGAGUUGUUAUACUAAUUGUAAAAACUGUGGAUUUUUCAGCAUAAGGUUUUCUACCCUUAUUGUUUAAGUCACUAAAUAUCUGAUAUAGAAUUGGAAACUUUCAAAGCUAGGGUGAUAGCAAGAGGUGGUUCCUUCGUAAGCAGCAUUUACGAUGAGAAAUUAGAUUUCAUAAUUUUAUUUAAAGAUUAGACUUUCAUUUAGAAUGAAAGAUUGAAGUAGUUUUUUAAUGAUAAACCAUAUACGAAAACAACUACAUAUACUUAAAUGAUGCAAUUGAUGGAAGAAUAACAGUAAAAAAUAUUACCAUCUUGA